AGUGAACCUGAAGAAAACUCACUCAAUUAUUGAAAAGGAUUUAAUCGAACAAGUAAUUCAAUAAAAUUAGCCAAAAAAAGGGACUAAGACGAUAUAAGAGUAAAGGAUUUACAUCAAUAUUAUAUCGAUCGUAAUAGGGGAUAGUGCAAUAGAGAGAGAAUCAAAGAUGCAGAAGGAAAACAAAGCACCAACCGAUACACAUCAAUAUGUGGGGCCAUAUCGGCUUGAAAAGACACUCGGCAAGGGCCAAACUGGUCUGGUUAAGCUGGGCGUUCAGUGUGUAUCUGGCAAAAAGGUUGCAAUCAAAAUAAUUAAUAGAGAAAAAUUGAGUGAAUCUGUGCUGAUAAAGGUUGAGAGAGAAAUAGCAAUUAUGAAGCUAAUUGAUCAUCCACACGUACUCGGCCUGUCAGAUGUGUAUGAGAACAAGAAAUACUUAUAUUUAGUGCUGGAGCAUGUAUCAGGAGGUGAAUUGUUCGAUUAUCUAGUAAAAAAGGGUCGACUUACACCAAAAGAAGCUCGACGAUUCUUCCGACAAAUAAUAUCUGCUCUAGAUUUCUGCCAUUCACAUUCAAUAUGCCAUCGUGAUUUGAAGCCGGAGAAUCUCUUAUUGGAUGAUAAAAAUAAUAUAAAGAUUGCCGAUUUUGGUAUGGCCUCACUACAGCCAGCAGGAUAUAUGUUGGAAACAUCAUGCGGUUCACCACAUUACGCUUGUCCUGAAGUUAUUCGUGGUGAGAAAUACGAUGGCAGACGUGCAGACGUAUGGUCUUGUGGCGUGAUUCUAUAUGCCUUAUUAGUUGGUGCUUUACCAUUCGAUGACGAUAACCUAAGACAACUCCUUGAAAAAGUAAAACGAGGUGUCUUUCAUAUACCCCACUUUGUUCCGCCAGACUGCCAAAACUUACUACGUGGAAUGAUUGAAGUUAAUCCCGAGAAACGAUUAACGUUAUCGGAAAUAAAUCGACAUCCAUGGGUAACGGCAGGCGGCAAAAGUGAAUUAGAACUUGAAUUGCCAAUGAUGGAAGUCGUCCAAACCCAUGUGAUUCCUACUAUAUCUGCCGUCGACACCGACAUUCUCAAUUCAAUUUGCUCACUUGGAUGCUUCAAGGAUCGUGAGAAAUUGAUACAAGAAUUACUAAGUUCGCAUCACAAUACGGAAAAAGUUAUUUACUUUCUUCUUUUGGAUCGUAAACGACGACGUCCCGCACUUGAAGAUGACGACGAAAGUCGAAAAAGUGAUGUAAUUGAAGUGAUAGAUCCGCCAAGAAAGCGAUUAGACACGUGCAGGAUAAAUGGAUCGAGCAGUCUAUCUUAUGGUCAAAUCAGUGAGGGAUCACCCUUAACACCACGUAGAUCUACAUUCAACAAUGGCAAGAGCUAUACUCGCCGUUCACCGUCGUCUGCUCCAAGUACGCGUUCAUCGACAUCAUCAUCAUCAUAUCAUCAAAGUCCAACACGUGGAUUAUCUAUUAACUCUAAUCAAGCUAUAUUACGUCCUUCAUCACCCGCUUCUGCUACAUCAUCACCAUCACGACAUUCAUCAUAUACAAGUCGUCCAAAAACACAAAUUACUGAUCAUUCCAACAUAACUUCAUCAUCAGCUGCUGCUCAUGUGGCAAAUAAUAAUAAUAAUCUGUCCAUUACGUCACAAUCGUGCACACAAUCGCCGGUACAUCAUCGUGCCAAUUCAGGUCCAACGAUUGUCGCGAAUCUUUUCCCUGAGAGUGAUCAAAUGACACAAUCAGCCAUUGUACAGCCUGCAUCACCGCAUUUAGGUGUACCAAAUAAUUCAUCAACCGGAAGUCCCAAUACUGGUGGUCAAUUAUGGAAAACGCGUUUAACGAAUAUUAAAAAUAGUUUUCUCGGUAGUCCGAGAUUUCAUAGGAGAAAAAUGCAAAUAUCAACUGAGGAAGUUAGCAUGACACCGGAAUCGUCACCUGAGUUGACAAAAAAAUCAUGGUUUGGAAAUUUAAUAGCAACAGAGAAAGAUGAGACGUUUACAAUUUUGGUGAAAGGCAAGCCAUUGUCAACAGUGAAAGCACAUCUCAUUCAUGCAUUUCUUUCGAUGACAGAAUUAUCGCAUAGCGUAAUAUCCCCAAUGUCAUUUAGACUUGAAUAUAAACGUGGAAGUACAGGUCCAACUAUGUUUCAGCGUUAUGUACGCAUUCAAGUUGAUAUAAACCCCAUCUGUAAACAGGGCGAUGUUGCCGAUUUGUUAUUUGCUAUUACUUUUACAUUGUUAUCAGGCAAUAUUCGUCGAUUCCGUCGAAUAUGUGAACACAUACAAGCGCAAGUGUGCUCUAAACGUUAUCCAUCAUCGAAUAAUCCUCAAGCUCAAAAGCCUGUAAUCGUGACACCGCAAUCAUCACAAUCACAGCAGAAUACAUCACCUCAACCAAUGUGCACCUCCUCAAAUUCAGCAGCCGCAUCAGCUGAGAGUAUUUCUUGUGGCUCAGCUGACUCCAGUGAUCGUCUAAGUUAUCGUGAGCGGCAGAAUGACACGGAGAGUGAAGUUGAGACAUUCUUUGAUUGCAAUACAACAAUUACUAAACCACGACGCUCAUCAGCAUCCUCAAAUAAGUCAAAAAAUAGUGACGAUGGGUCAUCACCUUGUACGCCAUCGAUUAAAUCCGUUAGCUCAAGAUAAUUAAUUAUGCUCGCCCUAAUUUCGUAAAAAAAUUAAUUGAAAUGAUGAUGAAAAAUUGUUUAUUGAAAUGAAAAAUGUUGCAUUGGGAAGGAAUGGCGUUUGGGUUUGUAAGAUUUGGCUGAUUUGGAUUUUCAAAAUAAAGUUUGGACUGGAUGUGUUUAUAAUGCUACGGAGCGUAGCAAAUAAGUUUUUUUUAAGAUGCGAACUUUGAGUCUGAUUAUCCAAAUUCAUAAGAUUAAGAACUCUAAUUUCUUAUUUUGAAAGUCAAACCUUGAACGAAGCCAAUAUGAAGCGUGGAAUUUUUUAAGAUACAAUAGUAGCUUUUUGCAUCAAGUACGAGAGUGUUAAGCACUGAUUUAUUGAAGUGAAAAUUCAUUUUGAGCAUUUUUGCUAAGAUUUUUAUAGAAAAAAAAUUAAAUUUCAAUAAUAUUCAGCCCAAUCUUCCAAAUCUCACCGCUAGCUCCCAACACACAUGGUGAAAAAUUACCUUUCUACACCAAAAAAACAAUAAUACUAAUAAUUAUAACUUAAAUUAAUCUAUUAAUUAAUUAAUUAAAAUU